CUGAUCCACACGCGAGAAACGUAUCUAGGAGACAUACAUCCAUUUGAUUUGUUACGUGUCUGGUAUUUGACUGUUUGCUAGAAUGGAAAUGUUUUACCCAAAAUAUCCAUUUAUGAGAAAUCGACGUAAAUGGUCACUUUCCCUUUAAAUGUUCUCUGUUGUUCUGCAUAAUAUCCAGGAAGUGUGAGAGCAUUCCUCCCCAGCUGAUCCAGACGGAAGUCUCCGACUCAGAGGCUUUAACAUUCAGCGGUGACCAGACAAGGGGACAGUGUUAUUGGUAAAUCUCGUCUGGAAUUAAUCCCGUGGAUUAUCCGUGGGUGGUUUUAGUGAAGACACGGCCCGGUAUCCCCACCGCCUCUGUCUUUCUCCCGGUCGGUCGGGUGGAUCUGCCGUGGUAGGACUGUCAUGAGCCCGGGCUGGGAAUGGCAUCCUCUCCCAGUGUUUGUAAGAAGGUCGGGCCGGUGGAGGAGGAGAACGGAGAACCGGAUCAUUCUCUACAAGAGAUGUUGAAGGCGAUAGCCGACGAACGGAACCGUCUUACUAUCAGACAAGAAACUAGUGGACUUGGAUGUUUUAAGGACGACCGCAUCGUGUUCUGGACAUGGAUGUUCUCCACGUACUUCAUGGAGAAGCUGUCGCCGCGGGAACAGGACGACAUGUUGUUUUACGUCCGCAGGAAGCUGUCAUACGUCAGCCCCGACCAAUCAGAGGGCAAGAAGGUAGAUGUGGAGGUGUACAGGAGAGACUCUAAGAAGCUUCCAGGUUUAGGAGAACCUGACAUCGACUGGGAGGAGAGUGUUUACCUGAAUCUGAUCUUAAUGAAGCUGGACUAUGUGGUGACGUGUGCUGUCUGCACGCGCUCAGACGCAGGAGACAUCCACAUUCACAGGAAGAAGUCUCAGCAAGUGUAUGCGUCGCCAAGUAAACACGCCAUGGACAGUAAAGGAGAGGAGUCUAAGAUGAGCUACCCCAACAUCUUCUUCAUGAUUGACAACUUUGAGGAGGUGUUCUGUGACAUGACGGUAGGCGAGGGGGAGAUGGUGUGUGUGGAGUUGGUAGCCAGUGAUAAGAGCAACACGUUCCAAGGAGUCGUCUUCCAAGGUUCCAUCCGCUACGAAGCUCUGAAGAAGGUUUACGACAACAGGGUGAGUGUGGCAGCGAAGAUGGCCCAGCGCAUGUCGUUCGGCUUCUACAAGUACAACAACAUGGAGUUCGUCAGGAUGAAGGGGCCGCAGGGCAAAGGUCACGCUGAGAUGGCGGUCAGCCGGGUCCCGACCGGAGACACGUCCCCCUGCGGCACAGAGGAGGACCUGGACUCACCCCUACACGAGAGGGUGACGUCGUUCAGCACCCCUCCCACCCCGGAGAGGAACCGCCCCUCGUUCUUCUCCCCUUCUCUCCGUCGGAAGGUCCCCAGGAACCGGAUCACUGAGAUGAAGAAGAGUCACUCAGCCAACGAUAGUGAAGAGUUCUUCAGGGAAGAGGAUGACGAGGAUCUGUGUAACCAGUCCAACCUGCGGUCUCGCUCCCUGUCGGGUACAGGUCGGUCCCUGGUGGGAUCUUGGCUCAAACUGAACCGUACGGAGGAGUACUUCCUGCUUUACUCCCACCUGACCUACGUCACCCUGCCGCUGCACCGCAUCACCUCAGAUAUCCUGGAGGUGAGACAGAAGCCCAUCCUGAUGACAUAGCAGAUCAGAGCCUCCCUACGAAGUGCCUUCCUGCAUCACUACAACCACCACUACAACCCAGUGGUGAGAUGGGAAACUACAGCAACAUUACCCCCAUCUGGGGGUGAGAUGGAGGAAUUACAGCAACAUUACCACCAUCUGGUGGUGACAUGGAGGAAUUACAGCAACAUUACCACCAUCUGGUGGUGACAUUACAGCAACAUUACCACCAUCUGGGGGUGAGAUGGAGGAAUUACAGCAACACCCAUCUGGUGGCGAGACAGAACUACAACCAAACCUGGAGUCAAUGGCAAGAGGUGACUAAAAAACAACUUUGGAACAAUGAAAACCAGCCAAUCAAAAAAGUGCCUCUUCCCUCUGUCAAGUUCGAUGAGGAUUCGCCGGUGGGUGUGAGGCGGUCGCCAGGGAAAUGGGCAUAGCAACCCACCUGUCCUGUCAGGAUCACAUGGUCGUGAAGUGCCGUGCCGUGCCAUUGGCUGAACUCUGACCUGGAACUAAAAUGCUUUUGAAUGUCUCUGGACAAAUCUAAAAUGGAACUCUAUUCCCAGUUUAGUGCACUAACGUUGGCCUUAGCCCCAAUGUGGACUCUGAUCUAAAGUAAGUGCUCUAUAAAAGGAACAGGGUGCCAUUUUGGACAACGUCUCCUGUUUUCUUGUAAAUAUCCUGCUGCUUAACUAUUCACUGAUAAGCCUUUAGGAAAGGUCACGCUUCUUCUGAUGGGAACAUAAAGCUUCUGUCUGUUUUGUCGUUGCGUGUUUGUGUUUCUAUCUGCGAGGCGGAGAAGGUUAAAGAGUGGCGAUGUGUGUCUACAACGUUGUCUCAGUCCCAGGGCUUUGUGGAUGUGUGUCUCAGUCCCAGGGCUUUGUGGAUGUGUGUCUCAGUCCCAGGGCUUUGUGGAUGUGUGUCUCAGUCCCAGGGCUUUGUGGAUGUGUGUCUCAGUCCCAGGGCUUUGUGGAUGUGUCUCAGUCCCAGGGCUUUGUGGAUGUGUGUCUCAGUCCCAGGGCUUUGUGGAUGUGUGUCUCAGUCCCAGGGCUUUGUGGAUGUGUGUCUCAGUCCCAGGGCUUUGUGGAUGUGUGUCUCAGUCCCAGGGCUUUGUGGAUGUGUGUCUCAGUCCCAGGGCUUUGUGGAUGUGUGUCUCAGUCCCAGGGCUUUGUGGAUGUGUCUCAGUCCCAGGGCUUUGUGGAUGUGUGUCUCAGUCCCAGGGCUUUGUGGAUGUGUGUCUCAGUCCCAGGGCUUUGUGGAUGUGUCUCAGUCCCAGGGCUUUGUGGAUGUGUGUCUCAGUCCCAGGGCUUUGUGGAUGUGUGUCUCAGUCCCAGGGCUUUGUGGAUGUGUGUCUCAGUCCCAGGGCUUUGUGGAUGUGUGUCUUCAGUCUGUCAGCACACCACUGGCACAUAAAGGAUGUUCCUCUGAGACCAGAAUGGCACCGUAUUGACCAGGGAGUUGGUUUCCAUCAGGCUCACAGUCUGGAGAUCCUUCAACUCUUCAGUUUAACGUGACGAACUUUCAACAGGGAACUGAAAUUAUCAUCUAUAUAAAACAAUGACUUGGAAAUUCACACACACGCGUGUGAGGAAGAGGAGGAUUUUCCUCAGCACUGGAACAAGAUGGCUGAAUAUAGAAACACAGGGCUUGCUGAUACUCCACUUUAGUAGCCGUAGAUACUAAACCCUGUUUCUGUCUGGUCUCGUCCCCAGGCUGCCGUUGCUGUUACGUAGAGCCUGGUAACUGUGGGACUGUCUGGAACUAAGGGGGUGUGGAUUUACUGAGUGAUAUGCUAAUCAAUUCAAAUUCUGGAGCGAAUCACACGACUGAGGAGGGAGCGAUCCUGGGAUAGUUGUAUUUAUGGAAGCCCAUUCCUGCCACCCAAAAUACAAUGUCGACACUGCCUCAACAUGUUGAGCUUCUAACUAAAACCAUUUAGACAGUACAUACACUACAUGGACAAAAGUAUGUGGACACCUGGUCGUCAAACAUCUCAUUUCAAAAUCAUGAGCAUUAGUAUGGAGUUGGGUCUCGUCCCCCUUUGCUGCUAUAACAGCCUCCACUCUUCUGGGAAGGCUUUCCACUAGAUGUUGGAACAUUGCUGCUAUAACAGCCUCCACUCUUCUGGGAAGGCUUUCCACUAGAUGUUGGAACAUUGCUGCUAUAACAGCCUCCAUUCUUCUGGGAAGGCUUUCCUCUAGAUGUUGGAACAUUGCUGCUAUAACAGCCUCCACUCUUCUGGGAAGGCUUUCCUCUAGAUGUUGGAACAUUGCUGUGGGGACUUGCUUCCAUUCAGCCACAAGAGCAUUAGUGAGGUCAGGCACCGAUGUUGAGCUAUUAGGUCUGGCUCGCAGUCGUUGUUCCAAUUCAUCCCAAAGGUGUUUGAUGGGGUUGAGGUCAGGGUUCUGUGCAGGCCAGUCAAGUUCUUCCACACAGACCUCGACACACCACUUUUGUAUGGACCUCACUUAGUGCACUGGGGGCAUUGUCAUGGUGAAACAGGAAAGGGCCUUCCCCAAACUGCUUCCAUAGUUAGUUUGGAACUCGGUAGUGAGUGUUGCCAUGGUGAAACAGGAAAGGGCCUCCAUAGUUAAUUUGGAACUCGGUAGUGAGUGUUGCCAGUGUUCAGCGGUCCCGUUCUGUGGCCUACCACAGCCGUUGUUGCUCCUAGACGUUUUCCAUUUCACACUGACAGUUGCCCGGGGCAGCACGAGCAGGGCAGAAAUUUGACCAACUGACUUGUCGAAAAUAGCCAAAUCCACUAAUUUGAAGGGGUGUCCACAUACUUCUGUGUAUAUACAUACUCUAUGAUGUGUUUCCUCAUUUGUAGCAUUAUGUGGUGAAUUAUAUCUAUCCACGUUGCAGAGUCCAUUGCUGAACUGGCAUUUGCCCCAACACUUUAUAUUGUUUAAUAAAAUAAUUGACACAAAAGCAUUGAAAA